AUGGCGGCGGGGGAGAAGGGGUGUAGAGUCAGUGUGAGUGGUCAUUAUGAAGGAACUGUCAGGAAAUUGGCAUAUGAUUUGGGGUAUCCAAGUGAGCUGCUAGAGUGGACAUUUGAUUGGAAUUACAUGGUUAGAGGCUUGGUGCUAGACAAAAAGAGAGGAAACAUCUUAAAGAUGGAUCGACACAAGUAUGUGAAAGUAGCUUACCAUGGGUUUAGAGAGCUCUCUAAAGAUGAUAAAGUUGAUAUCUAUGGCAACAGCCUAAUACAAGAUUCUUUUGAUGAGCCCGAUUAUGCUCUCAUAGAUACCCUCUUUUCUUUGGCUGAAGCAUAUAUGUUCGCGCAACUUGUUGAUUUUAAAGAUAAUAACCCUGAAAAGAUUCCCAACAAGGUUGAUUAUGCUCGUAUGUAUAAAGAUGUUCGGGCUGCUGUUGAUCUGUGCCACCAUGAUGGAACUUUAAAACAUAUGGUAGCAAAAGAACCUAAUAGGUAUAUCAAUGAGGAUACUACGAUUGUACCACUUAUAAAAAUGAUAAGAGAUUCUGGACGUUCUACUUUCUUGGUGACCAAUAGUUUGUGGGACUACACACACAUUGUGAUGAAUUUUCUCUGUGGAGGGCGCACGGUACAUGGUCCUCAUAGUUGCAACUUUGAUUGUGUCCAGUAUUUUGAUGUUGUGAUCACUGGCAGUGCAAAGGCUGGCUUUUUCCAUGAAGAGAGUCGUGCCAACCUGUUUGAGGUGGAACCUCAGUCUGGAAUGCUUAUUAAUACUGACAAUGGAACACCUAUGCCUCAGGUGGGAGAUUCUUCACCAAUUUUUUUACCAAAGAGUAAAGAUAAAAGCUGUCGAGUUUUUCAAGGUGGAAAUGUGGGGCAUCUUCACAGUUUGCUCUCCAUUGAGUCAAGUUCACAGGUUCUUUACGUUGGUGAUCAUAUAUACGGUGAUAUCUUGCGCAGCAAAAAAAUACUUAGCUGGAGAACUAUGCUUGUUGUUCCAGAACUAGAAAAAGAGGUUGAACUUCUAUGGGAACUGAGGGACAAGCGAAAGGAACUUAUUUUGAUGAGGAAUGAACGUGAUUCAGUUGAAGACAAAAUUCAUCACUUGAACUGGUCCCUCAAGUUUGACGAUACUAACGAGAAUGAUAAGCAGGAAAUGUUAUCAGCGUUCAACGAUUUAGAGGCUAAAAGAGAUCAAAUACGUCUAAGUCAUCAACAAGCUCAAAGAGAAAAUUAUCAAAAGUUUCACAAGGUAUGGGGGCAACUGAUGAAGACAGGUUACCAGAGUUCUCGAUUCGCUAAUGAGGUAUACAAACAUUUUAUAUUUUUGCUUUCUUAUGUGGCAGCUUGAGUGUUUUGUGUUUGUGGGGAAUUGAUUUCUCAAACCGUUUUUCUUCCUAAUUAUUCAUGUAAUACAUAUUUACUUUAGUCAUUCAAUAGUAUCUUAGCGGUGUAUUCAAUGUAGUGUUUGAAUUUAUUUGAUUUUAUUGAGUUUUAGAUGUUUUAUACGAAUUGGAGAGUUUAAUAUGCAACACUCUAGAAUCUCUGCUAAAACUAUGAGAUUUAGAUUUAAACUAAAAAAUCUCUGUCCAAACACUUUUAAAUCACUUAAAAACUUUGAAAUCUUAUAACCACAUGUUUUGAAUAGCAAUAGAUUACAAAGUAUUUUAUAAAAUGUUAGGUUCAAUUAUAGUGAAUUUCAAAUAAGUUUUAAAAUUCAUGUUUGAAUAACAUUAGAUUUGUCAUUUUAAGAUAAAUCUCCGUAAACUUUCAACUGAACACACCUUCGUUAGAGUAUUUUUGAUACUUUUCGAGAUUGAAUUUGGGCUUGGUAGGAUUUCAAAAUUUUCAGGAUUUUUCGGAUAUCUAUUUGAAUUCAGAUUCAGUUCGGAUAAAAUCCAUAACUCAAAAUACGGUAGAACAAGACUCAUUCAGUAAUU